GUCAGGUCUCCUGAACAUUUGUCCUUUUCUUCACCAUUUCUAUCCCUUUGCUCAUCUUCUCUUCUUCUAUGCUUGUUGUUCAUACCUCUCUUAUGAUGGUCUUCUGACCUGUUCAAUAAUUCUUCAUUUCUUUCCCGUCUCUCUUUGACCACAUCACCCCUGUCUCUCCGUUUGGGGCCGAAGUCAUCAAUCACCCUUCUGCGACAACUCUCGAGUCGAGAUCGAGAGCUAUCUCGUAUCUGCCCCAGCUGACUUCUCUCCGACCUAAACAUGGCUUAUAAACCUCGAAAGAAUGGGGCUCUGCAAAAGGGCCAGUCUCCUGCGCCCACGAAAGCAGUUACACUGAAAAAGAAGAGCUAUGCAUCAGACGGAGUAACAGACAACGAUGUCUUCCUCCUCCCCAUAUCAGACUACCAGAUCAUGGGGCUAUUGACCGUGCUCGCUGCAGUGGUCCGUCUUUUCCGGAUCUACCAGCCGACGAGUGUAGUCUUCGAUGAAGUUCACUUCGGUGGUUUUGCAACCAAGUAUAUCAAGGGAAAGUUCUUCAUGGACGUCCACCCGCCUUUGGCCAAGUUGCUCAUCACGCUCGCUGGUUGGGCCGCCGGUUUCAAGGGUGAUUUUGACUUCAAAGAUAUCGGAAAAGAUUACCUGGAACCUGGUGUCCCUUAUGUCGCGAUGCGCAUGUUGCCUGCCAUUCUCGGUGUCCUUACCAUCCCAACUAUGUUCCUGACCCUGAAAGCUGCCGGAUGCAAGACAAUUACGGCUUCAUUGGGUGCCGCUCUGCUGAUUUUCGAGAACGGUCUGGUCACGCAAUCCCGCCUCAUUCUGCUCGAUUCUCCAUUGGUUAUCUGCACUGCAUUUACUGCUCUGGCAUGGACUUGCUUCAGCAACCAGCAUGAACUGGGUCCUGAAAGAGCAUUCGAUGCCAGUUGGUGGUUCUGGCUAGCAGCAACCGGUCUGGGUUUGGGAGCAACUGCUAGCGUCAAAUGGGUUGGCUUGUUUACGAUUGCUUGGGUUGGCAGCUUGACUGUCCUGCAACUAUGGAUCUUGCUUGGUGACACUGCCAAUGUCUCUGCGAGAAAGUGGUUCAAGCAUUUCUUUGCUCGAGUCUUCUGCUUGAUCGUCAUUCCCGUUGCAUUCUACGUCGGCAUGUUCGGCAUUCACUUCCUGUGUCUAGUCAACCCGGGCGAUGGUGAUGGUUUCAUGUCCUCCGAGUUUCAAGCCACGCUCAACAACAAGGGCAUGGCCGAUACUCCAGCAAACGUUGCUUUCGGUAGUGAGGUGACUAUCAGGCAUCAUAACACUCAGGGUGGCUACCUUCAUUCGCACUCUCACAUGUACCCAACUGGCAGCAAACAGCAACAAAUCACGCUGUACCCGCACAAAGACGAGAACAAUGUUUUCCUCCUUGAAAACCAGACCCAGCCAAUCUCAGCAGAAAACACUACUAUCCCAGGUCCUCAGGCUUGGGCGAACCUUACUGAGGGCCCUCAAUAUAUCCACGAUGGCGACGUUGUCAGACUCUACCACACCAUUACCCACCGUCGUAUUCACUCUCAUGAUGUGCGACCUCCGAUCACCGAGGCGGAGUGGCAGAACGAAGUGACUGCUUAUGGCUAUGAGGGCUUUGAGGGCGAUGCCAACGAUCUCUUCCGAAUCGAGAUUAUCAAGUCAAUGUCUGAUGGCGAAGAAGCCAAACAGAGACUGCGAACCAUCCAGACGAAGUUCAAGCUCGUUCACAUCAUGACCGGUUGUGUUUUAUUUUCUCACAAAGUCAAGCUUCCAGAUUGGGGUUUCGAGCAACAGGAGGUCACCUGCGCUCGGGGCGGUACUUUGCCAAACAGUGUCUGGUACAUUGAGCAAAACUACCAUCCUCAGCUGGAUGAAACGGCUGAAAAGGUAAACUACAGGAAUCCUGGCUUCUUGGGCAAAUUUUGGGAGCUACAGAAGGUUAUGUGGAAGACCAACGCUGGCCUCGUUGAGUCCCAUGCCUGGGAUUCCAGGCCUGGUUCGUGGCCAAUCUUGCGACGUGGUAUCAAUUUCUGGGGUAAAGACCAUCGUCAGAUCUACCUUCUCGGAAAUCCUGCCAUCUGGUGGCCUUCCACCCUCGCGAUCUUGACAUAUGUUAUCUUCAAGGGCAUUGCUGUCCUUCGAUGGCAGCGAAGCUGCAACGACUACUCCAAUGUCGUUUUCAAGCGAUUUGACUACGAAAUCGGCCAGACCGUCUUGGGCUGGGCGCUACACUACUUCCCAUUCUAUCUCAUGGCACGACAACUCUUCUUGCAUCAUUAUUUCCCAGCACUCUACUUCGCCAUCAUUGCAAUGUGCCAGAUCUUUGAUUUUGCUGCGAACCGAAUCUCUUCGCUUGGAUUAAAACAGCAUCCCGAGAUCGGACGUGCUGCGGCAGUUCUUUUUGUCGCGUUCGCCGUCGGAGUGUUCACUCUUUACGCACCCCUCGUAUAUGGUAAUGCAUGGACGCAAGAUCAAUGCAAGGCGGUCAAGCUCUUCGACACAUGGGACUUUGACUGCAAUACCUUCUACACCGAUGUAAAACGCCAUGCAAUCCCACUAGCGACAUUUUAGCUAACAGAAAUUAGUACUCUCAAUACUCUCAGAUCCAACCCAGUGUAGGCGGCGCCACUCCCACAGUUCCAUCAGCACAGGUUGCUUCAUCACGAAAGGACGACCCAUCGGCAGUGACUCCACAGGCUGGUGAACCGAAUGUCAUUGGCCAAGAAGAGCGCGUAGAAUACCGCGACCAAGAUGGCAACUUGUUGGACGAAGAACAAGUCCAAGCUCUACUGAAUGAGGGAAAAGCUUCGUUUCAAACUAGAUAUGAAACAAGAACACGACUCGUUGACGAAGAAGGCAACGAGAUCAACCCAUCGAGCGUUGCGCCAGACCAUCCUGACGUUGAGGGCCAGAACCCAUCAACUAGAGGCGUACCAGAAGAACAGGCCAAGAACAAGCCUGCGGAGGCCAACGCGGGAGGGUCGGCGAAGAAAGAUCAGGACGAGAGUAAAGCAAAGCCUGCUAGUGAUGCUAGCGAGGCGACGAAGUGAAAUGACCGAUCUCCUUUUAGUUUCUAGAUUCAAGCACGGAAUGAUCUGGUCAAAAUGAAUUGGAGGUAGGACAGAGUAAUGGCAUUUUGCAUGUAAUAACAGGGGACAAAAAACAGAUAAGAGGCAAAAGAAUUCGAAUGUUAUUGGCAAUAUCUCCACGAAUGUUCUGGCAGUCCGAUCUUUAGAUUGCUGACGGAGUACUAAGGAAUGAGACAGGACAAUCAAUCCCCUGGGCCUUUUCC